AUGUGUCGGGCAGCAACAUGGACGGAUGAGGGAGAUGGCGAAGACGAGGAGGACGACGAAGACAAGCAGGUGAGCAUUGUUUCCUGGGCAAAUGAUGCCAAAGUCCUGGUGCUGCAUCCUGGCUCGCAGUAUCUGCGUAUCGGCCUUGCUGCAGACGCUUUUCCACGGACGAUCCCUAAUGUUAUUGCACACCCACACAGAACCGACUCCCAUGAUUGCCAUGUUGCUGACAUAGCUGAAGAUGAGGACUUUGACCACGCUGUGCAGACUUUGGAAGUGGCUUUGCGUGCGCGGCUGCGGCUGUCAAAGCGCCGCACACAGUCGAAUGCACGUGAACUGGUCAUUGCAUAUAACCAGAAUGCCCUGCCGGAGGCGGCAGAGGCGGACGCGGCGCCGGAGUGGACGGAUGUCGGCGCAGAGCCUGCGGUGUUCGUGGGACAGAAGUGUAUAUGCAGUGUGCUGACUGGCUGCAGAAUACAGCUUCCGUAUGGCGGAGACGAUGUUACACGCCUAUUUAUACAGCUGUUACAGCGGAAUGCCUUUCCAUACAAAAUAGACCUCCGGCGUAUCCACGACUGGCAGCUUGCAGACACCCUCAAAGUCCGCUAUUGCACUUCUUUUGUCGGCAGCGCAACAGUGCAGCUUCUCGACUUUGUUCACACCUCCUCGACAGGCACCCACCGAUACCGCUUUAAAGCAUACGACGAGCCCGUCCUCGCCACAAUGGUAAACUAUGCGUGCGUCCUGUCCACUCGUUCAUGUAUAUUUAGGCCUACUUUUUCCCCGCCGUCUUCCACUCCAUACAUCCUGCACACAUUGUGCAGGAGUCACGUGACCUCCCUUACAGAAACUCUUACAAAGACUCCACACAUGCACAGCAGCCAGAGGCCUCGGCCGAGACUCCGGACACCCCCAGUGCAGACACGGGACACUCUCACCCUAUGCCUCUUGAUGAUGCAAUUAUACAGAGCAUCAUGCGUGCCUGUGAACAUGCGCCUUCAGACGACCGUCUCAAGACGAUGUGUGCAAGCAUUCUUCUCGUUGGUGGCGGACACGCUUUUCCCGGGUUUAUUCAUGUUCUCGAGGACCGUCUUCGGGCCCGCCAGCCAGCAACGGCACCGAUCCGCUUCCUCUCACCGUCACGUGACACCGACCCGCAGAUGCUUGCAUGGAAAGGCGCGUGUGUCUUCAGCCAGCUCAAGAUUGCACGUGACUUUUGGAUCAAGCAGCGCGACUGGGACCUCCUCGGUGUGCGCUGCCUCCAAUACCGCUCGCUGGGGUACUUUUGGAACGGAUAGCGCCAUGGCUUCUCCAUGGUCACGUGCCAUUCACUGCAGGUCACGUGAUUGUGAAUGA